AGUCGAAAAGACCUAAUUAAAACGAAGCCUCGGGGUUCAGAUCUUAAUAAAUCGAAGAAUAAUGAGUGAUGACAAAAUAGUUUUACUGGAGGACGAAUGCUACAACAUCAUUGAAGUGGAUCCCGUGACUGGAAAUAAUGAGGAUAAGGAUAAUGUGACGGUUUUAACUAUACAAGAAGAUCGUCCUUACCGAUUUUUGCAAAAUUGCAACAGUGUGGCCCUGUGGUUAUGCGUUCUUUAUAAUUUGUGCAUGAUUUCGCUUUACUUUUCGUAUUUGUUCACCGGAAAUUAA